AUGAACAGUGAAUCGGGGCUCCAGGGCCGCGCAGCGAGAGCCGCCUCCUCCUCCUGCCCUGCUCCUUCCUGCUCCUCAGGAGACCCUGACAGAUGGACAAUCAGGGCCCAGUCUCAGAGCUCGUUCUAUGUUGCAGCCUGUGACCGCCCCACCGCAGGCACAGUGGUUCAGCCCAUCCUACAGGUGGAAUUGCGGCGAGUCGUGCAGUCCCGAGAUGAGUCACUGGGGACCCUGGUCCCUUGGGUGCUGUCCUUACGCGAGAGGAGACUCGGCGACUCAGACACACAGGGGAGGCCGAGUGAUGACGAGGCAGGGGCUGGAGGGAGCUGGGCGGAGCAGGAAGAGCCCCGAGGCCUCCUCGCUCCUGGACUGUGGCCUCCAGAGCGUGGGAGGAUGAGCUCUGCGCCGGCUCCGGUCGCCUGCAGCCCCGGGGGAGACACACACCCCAUGUCCUCGCCCCGCUCCCCGCAACGGUCCCUCCAGCCGCCCGCCCCCAGGUCGCCUCCCUGCUGGACAGUGCUGGACGUGAGCCAGUCUGGCCCCAUUGCACCCCUGCCCCUCACCACCCCACCCCCACCACCUGUCAGACUCAGGUGGGUCCCCAGGACUCCAGACGGGGAGCCCUAA